AUGGUUUGGUGUUGUUGUUUCUCUCCAGACGGGAAGAAGAUCCUCUCUGGCUCAGAGGACGGUUUUUUGAAGCUCUGGCUCGCGUCUGACGGUGCGUUGCAGCAGACCUUGAGUGGACAUGGCGCAGAUGUUUCGUCUUGUUGUUUCUCUCCAGACGGGAAAACGAUCCUCUCUGGCUCAUAUGACGGUUUUUUGAAGCUCUGGCUCGCGUCUGACGGUGCGUGGCAGCAGACCUUGAGUGGACAUGGCGAUGUGGUUAGGUGUUGUUGUUUCUCUCCAGACGGGAAGAAGAUCCUCUCUGGCUCAGACAACGGUACUUUGAAGCUCUGGCUCGCGUCUGACGGUGCGUUGCAGCAGACCUUGAGUGGACAUGGCGCAGGUGUUUGGUGUUGUUGUUUCUCUCCAGACGGGAGGAAGAUCCUCUCUGGCUCAUCUGACGGUACUUUGAAGCUCUUGUUUGCGACUGAUGGUAGUAUUUCACGGACAGAUCAGCAAACAGUUGAUAUAGAUAUGCAGCAUGUUGAAGUAACGUCUAGAGAUAUUGUGAACAAGUACCACAUUCUGCAAGCUGCCCAGUUGCCUCGGCUAUCCCCCUACUUGGAAUACGGGGUCGACAUAGUUUCACUGGAUAACCCAUUUGGCAAAUUUAUGGCACAGCUUGUUAUCAGCACGGCCGUAGGGCAUAGGGAGUCUUACAGGUCUGCAUUGUAUUGUGAUCCGCCUCAGCUGGAUAUUGUCGGUGUGCGAUCGGUAGUGAACCCAAGACUACAGCAUUUGUAUCAAGCAAAGCUUGGGCUUCUCGAGGGCAAGAGGCGCCCGGGCCCGUGCUCUCCGAUUGCGGCCCUAUCGCAUUUGAAAGUGCCUGUCAACAUGCACGACUUCGACUUGAACGAGCACUUCAUGUUCCAUGGGGCUGCACCAUCCACGCUAGAGAAAAUUUGCAAGGGUGGUUUCAACCCACAGCGGGGUGGCGAGGCUACUGGUAAGCUCUUCGGUACCGCCGCGUAUUUCGCUGCAAAUUCUUCGAAAAGUGACGACUACACAGAGGAGCGCACAAAUCCGUUGGCAAGGAGUGCCAGGAGGACAAUAAUUGUUUCCCGCGUUGCUCUGGGUGAGUCUUUCCGCGCGUUAAGGUCCAUGAAGGACGCCACGAAGCCCCCAGACAACAGCGAUGGCAUGGACUUCGACUCAGUCUGGGCAGACACGUCGAGCAAUGGGGGCUGCGUGGACCAUAUAGAGGUCAUGGUGUAUUCGGAGGGCCAGGCUCUGCCAGUGGCACUCGUGGACUACCGUCAUGCAGACGACUGUGCGUGCGCCUUCUGCCGGCGGCGGCCUUGA